UGCUCGGUAUGGAGAAAAGUUUCCAGAGAUCCUUUGCUGUUUCGUUCUAUAGAUAUUUCUGUAGAUAUGCAGAAUAGGUGGAAAGAGUUGUCUUCGUUUCAGGAUCACUUGUACUAGAUAGAAAAGAUGGAGAAAGACGCAGUGGACGGGAGCUGUGGCCAGAAUAGUUGGGACGGUUGGUUUGAGAUUAAGUAUUAUAUGGAAAAGAUGGUGAAAGAAGCAGUAGAUAGGAGCUGUGACCAGUUGGCUAAGUUUUCUAUGGAACGUUUUGGCCGUGACGAGCUUUUAGCGUAUAUUUCUGAUAAGUCUGGUUCAUUAAGAUAUCUUCGUCUUGUAUCUCGCGGUCAAGUUACCAAUGAUGCAUUGAUUAACAUGGCUGAAAAAGCUGUCCUGCUGGAGGAACUUGAGAUAUGUCACUGUUCUUUCUCAGCGGAUAUGCUUAAAACUGUUGGGAAAUUAUGCACUCGUCUAAAAUCAUUCCGGCUUAACCGUCGAGGCUACAGGUGGACACACAAAGAGUGUGAUGAUGAGGCACUAGCCAUCGCAGAGAACAUGCCCCAACUGCGUCGUCUUCAUCUUUUUGGGAAUAAAGUGACAAAUGUGGGGUUGAGGGCCAUUCUCGAUGGCUGCCUACACCUUGAAUAUCUCGACCUCCGUCAAUGCUUCAAUGUUAUUUUAGAAGGGGAUCUACUGAGGAGUUGGAGAGACAGGCUAAUAAAAAUAAGGCUCCCUAAUGACUCCACUGAUGACUAUGAGUUUGAUGAUGCAAUCAUAGAGGGGUUUUAUGAUUUGUCUGCGAGUGAAUACGAGGAAUACCUAAAUAAAAAUGCAUGGAGCUGCCUCCCAGACGACGACGGCCACGAGUUCGACUAA